GCCCUCGCCGUCACUUCGACUCCACCCCUGUGAUCGCGAUCAGCGUUCGAUGCCGCAGAAGAGGCUCCGCCGCCGCCGCAGGAGGUCUCCUCGCCGGCGCCGUGGUGAAGAAGGCGCAUCUUUAUCUGCCCCCCUUGUCGAAUCGGAUAGCAGCAGCAGCACGACUUUCUGCACACGGGCGCCCGAACCCCUCGACGAGCAGCCGGACGCCCGGCCGGCUCGCGAGUACGAGUCGAGGUACCAUGAGAUCCUCACCUCGCGCCUCGCCGAAUUGCAGUUACCAGCCUGCCCGGCCCUGGACGACGGCGACAGCCCAGAUCUUCCUUCGGAUGAAAUUGUGGAAGCCCUGACCCGUACUAGUUUCUAUGAUGAUGAGCUGCGGGCUGCUAUGGUAGAAUACCAAAUCCAGAAAUUCCUGGUCGAACCCCACGGACCAGAUGUCCAGGCAGUAGAUGGAGAUUCUGGAGAGGACUCCGGCGUUGGCAUCACCGAUGAGCAAUUCGUCAAAUACUCCGAAGAGCUGAAGGCUCGCAGCAGUGCUGAAAUUGACGCUGACACUAGACUGAAUCAAGAGCAGUUCAACAGACUCCAUGUCAAGUUAAUUCGUUAUCGCAUCAAAGCUUGCCUGCUGUUGAAACGAAAGCAUAUCGACGAGCUAGACGACACUUCAUUGGAACGCAAGUACCCUAUUGAGCUUGCCUUGGGGGAUAAAGACUUAUCCCCUUACCUGGAAGAUGGUGCCUUUGGCUGGUAUUUCGACUCCGACCUCUGCUUACUUGCAUCCUUGAGCGAUUACCAGCGGCUUGUCCUUCCUAACUGUACUUGGAGUGAGUAUGAAAGCUUGAGUCAAUACAUAGCGUUUUAUAACACCCCUGAAGUUGAUAGAGAUUAUGUCCUAUACUGGGAAAACAUGGUCAAGGAAAUUAAGUGGCUUGAAAAUCAUAUUCUUAAAGAAGAUACUCCGGAGUGGGAUCAAAUCUGUCACAAAGGUUUAUACCAAGCAAUUAGGAUUGCUGCUGAGCUCCCCAACAUUAAUUUCGGUCUAGCAUAUCAUGGUUUCAUGGAGUAUAUAUGGAGAACUCGCUUUUAUGUCGUGUUUGUGAAAGGUCUUGACCGUGCCUACUUUGAGAUUUGGAAGCGGGUUACUGGGCAGCAGAUGUGUUUCAGAGAUGCUCUGCAGGAAGUUUGCAAUGACAAUUUGGUACCAUCGCGCCAACACACUUUGAAGGCCGAGCUGCAGCGACCUGGAGGGUUCUUGCAAGUGGAGCGACAAGUCCGCCGGUGCACAGAGGGCAUUAGUAAGGAAAUUCCGGAUUGGAUAGCCCAAGAGCGGGUUUCUCAGGAAGUUAGAUUCAAGCGCGCGUUGCCAAAGACAUAUGCGCAGUAUGCGAGGAAGAAGCUCAAGGUUGCAGAAGCCAUAGGAUUGAUUCCCAAGGCCGAUAUACCAGUGUAG